AUGUAUCCACAGGUAGCCAAUGAUAUGCAGAAAUUCGCUAAGGUGGCUUCACCUUCGGCAGCCCCUCCAUCCCUAGGUGCGCCAUCAGCUGUAGUUCACAACCCAUAUGAGCCUCCAAAAGAGCUUGUUUACGUAAACGUAGCGAGAAAAGCUCCCGCACAAGAACCCCCAACUGAAGCAUCUACUGAGACUGACGUUAAGGCGAAGGAAGCAACAAAUCUGGAACACGACGUAACAACACCGGAAAGCGAUGCGCCAGAACUAGAAUUUGAGAAUGUUAAACUCGUAGAGAAAGACGCUACAGAGGCAGCAGACAAAGAUGUGACGCCUCCAAAGAAAGAUAGUCCCGUAACAGACGCCCCCCGUGUAGUAGGUAUGGUGGUGAAGAAACCGGUGGUAAAACCAUUAGUUGAAAAGACUCAAGCGACACAAACUCCCAUAGUGGCGUCGAAUGUAAAUGACACUGGUGCAGCUGCCGACGCCGCCCCGUCCAAUACCGAUGGCAAGGAUGUCAAACUUGGUUUGGCGGGGUUAGACCCAGAAGCAGCCAACAUGUUUUCUGAUCUCGCCAAGAAGAUGUCCACCGCUGUAAAGCCCGACACGUCUCCUAAGGCGGAUAAUGGUGUCGGCGUGAGUAACAACGGUACUUUUAUUGUCUAUGCAUUAUAUGGUUAUCAGAUACUAAACGUCCGAGCACUCCACCACCUCCACCUCCAAAACGUAAGAUUUUUGUUGCCACAUGUCAAAAAACUUUCAGCCGCCGCUAGCGCUACUGCGUCGACCACUGACCGUACCACAUCAACAGAAGAGCCAUCCGGAGCAAGUUGGUCUUCUGCAUCCGGAACGACUUGGAACAGGGACACAAGCGCAGAAUGGGACUCGGAUUGGGAAGAAGGAUAUGACAGUGAUGAGACGGAUGCUGGUGAUGCAUUACCGCGACGACCACCGCCAUUUAUGUACAUGGCUGAACCGCAUGGCGUGCCAACUGUGGAACCAAAGACACCCAUCACUGAAAGUCCAAAGGUUGAAUCGCUCGAAUCUGCAGCCGUAUCAGCACCAGAAUCGCCGACAAUUGCAGGGGCUGCAUCACCAACCGGCAAGGCACCCGAAUAUUCAACGCCUACAGGAGCUAAGCCUAAACAAUUUGCGAGUGUUUCAACACAAACGGACCCUAUGAUUAUUUUGGAACCACCGGAGACAGGAUAUUCCCCGCCUGUAGAAGCUGGUGCAGGAGGCAACACCGUUGUCCCGAGGUCGACGCCUAUUCCAACACGCAAGGCUCCGAAGAUACCAGAUUCAGCACAAAAAAGGCCUGAUUCAGGGUCGAGUGGUUCAUCUGAUAGCGGAUACGUGAAGCCAAUAAGUGCAACAGAUGUGGCUCAUGACGAUGACACCAAUUCAUCGGAGGUAGCCAUGGGAACGGUUGACCAUCGCAUUGUUGGAAGCAAAUAUCCGUAUUACACUCACACAAGCGAAGAUCUGCCCCGCGGAGUUACGGUAACUCUAGAUCCGCACAAAAAAGGCAUGCCUUAUGGGAAAGGCAUACUGGACAUCCCUCAAUCCAAACUGCAGGACGACCCUAUGAACCAUUCCUACGAAUCAAUUCACUUGCCCGGCGACAGUGACGAGGAGCCGAAAACGAAUUUUAGGAGGGCUGCAAGCUUUGGUGUAUCUCCAAGGCGCACUCCUGUAACUGAUGCGUACAUUACCGGUUUUGAUAAGGCUUCGUCGAAGCUGCAGACACCAUUGAAGCGCAUUAGAUUGUAUGCGUCCAAAAAGGCGAAGGCCGCUAAGUCAUACCUCUUUGGCGCAGGAAAGAAGGCUACGCAAGCCGUUGACACCGCUGUUUACUGCGCCGAAAAGGGGUGCGAUCAUGCCCGUCGUGCUAAAGACGAAAUCACUGGGGCGCUGAGGCAAGGAUACGGUGCAGGAGGCUCGAAUCUGUUACAAACUUCGUUAUAG